CUCUCAUGCAAACAGUUUCAGGGCGAGGGGUGAGCAUUUACUUCAACAACUUCAAUCCUUGCAUGUCGACUACUAUUCUUACAAAAAUUUGACUUUGCUGGAUAAACGUUGAGGUUGCGGCUGUGCAGGACUUGAAUGCCAGGCCACUGGCUCUGCAGUGCCCAGGUUUCAUUAGUCGCGACUAGCACUGCCAUUAAAGUACUAGCACCGGGAUGCUUCAGCUCCAACUUUUGGAAGCCUGUACUGCCAGCGUUCCGACUGCCCAGCUUGUCUGACUGUACCUACGCUUCCGCCUGGAUUGUAUAUAGGUAUCUAUUGUAUCUCAUCUCUCACUAUCGCAUACCUUCCGAAUUCCGUUGGGUCACCGUUAUUUCGCGGGUAUAGAUGCAGAAACCCACUUCCGCCCAGCCUUGGUCAAUGCAAGGGUUGUGAUGCUAUUUCCGCAGGUGUGCGUCCUGUGCAUAUUUUAUACCAUUUGAGUUGGCAUGGCGGCUACUCCGGUCUCUCGGCGAUAUGAUCGACGAGGUAGGCUAUCACAUCAACUGCUCCCUCGGCAGCAACCAUCAGACAGAGGACCACACGGCGGCGGCGAUAAUGGUGGGGGGAUCAAGGGUUCUGCUGUAGCGGUGGCCGUUGUUGCUGUGCUUGUCGUCCUCAUUGCCGGCUCCGUCCUCCUGUAUUCGUUGCUGCGAAGAUUGAAGUUAAAGGGCAAAAGCCCUCGGUAUAUUCCUACAGAAUUCUUGAAGAGGAAAUGGAGGACUUGGACUCCAGGCGGAAAAUACGCUGCAGUUCGCAAUAACGAACUAUUAUCCACAAACACGGCGUACAAUGGCAACGACACUGGGGCGAGACAAACAGAAACCGGCGUUGACCGGAAUACCAGCGUCAGGAGUGUCAUCACCCUUCCUGCCUAUUCCCGUACACCAAAGGACACGGAGCAGGUAUUGGCUCGUGAAGGGGAGCGAGAGGGAAUGGAUACGGUUGUCGAGUUCCCAGAAACCCAGGAUGAGGAGGAAUCACGCCGAGAAGAGUUGAUGGAGUCUCUGUACCAGAUCCGACUGGCCCGGCGCCGCGAGAUCGCGGAACGGGAGGAAUUAAGACGUGAAAGGAGAGAAGCACGGGAAAGAGGGGACACAGCACGCUUAGAAGAGUUGAGACGACAAUCGCGGCAACGGGCUAAUGAGAGUGUUUCUUCUUUGAACGGCGGAGCCAGCCUUUCUGCGGCGACUCUCAUUGCUGAACACCAAUCUCGCGGGCGAGAAAGGAGAGUGUCCACUGUCGCGUACGGUGCUCUAGGAGAGGUCCGUCAUGACGGUACUCGACUCCGUGCGAACAGCAACGACUCGGAGCGCGGGGGUUUACUGAGCGGAGCAGCGCCGAUGGGCGAGAUGGGGACCCGAGCCCGACAGUUCUCAGAUGCGGCUUCGACAUCCACCGUCUCUCGUGCGCAUACUCGAGAUCGCUCCAACAGUGGACUGAGUGCCUCGACCAUGAAUUCGGAUAUGGAGGCCGAAGCAACUCCCGGCUCAAUCCGUGCUCACAGCUCACACAGUGACGGACCCGGGAGCCUCGCAACAAACUCAUCGCCCACCGCGAACAGAUUCACCCCAGAUGAAAGCACUGGCUCCGAUGACAUCGGCGAGUCUCGUAUCCCGCAAGGGGAUGAGGAUGGAGUGACCCGACCCCCAGAAUAUGAUGAGGUACACGGUUGGGGAGAAGCUCCGGCAUAUGAUGUUGCUGUCGCUACACAGCCCAGUGUCACUGAAGCCUCUAAUACAGGUUCCAGGGAUGGUGCGCCGCAGCUGCCACAACUCAGUCUGCCCAGUAUUAGUGUGUCUGGUGCAACUGAACCGAAUACCCCUGCCACUCCACACAUGGAAACAGUUCCAUUUCCUUCCGAUGAACAUCACUAGGGAGGCAGCCUGCAUGCAGCGUGAGUCGAACGGCAUUGACAGUCUGACUUCGAGGAUUCGGCAACCAUGAUCAAACAAUCUUGGAAGGAAACUCAGUGCAUUUGGACGUGCAUUUGGAUCUGGAAGUGGUGUGCAAUAACGAGAUAUGUUUGACUGCAAUAUACAACCAUGGUAGCGCGGCGUUAGGGAAGGAUUUUGGUUCGGUACUAGGACUUACCAUUACUAAGGCGGAUUUGGUCUAGAAAAAUCGAGACAAUGAAAAAUAUUUGAAGAUGAGAGCAAUCGAUCACAGCAAUGGUAUAGAAAUGAUAAGUGAAAGCAGGUCAAAGACCAAGAGCGAUGAUUUGUGGGUCAAACUUUGUGAAUAUUUUUGUCAUUGAGUUGAAGCUGCUGCGAGCAAUGCUCACGCCUCCAUUCCUAGCAUGCUUCAGCAAUAGAGCCCGAGGUGAAUCCCACCGU